CACAACUUCACUCUAUAAAUACAUACGCAUGUCGUCUCUGCCACGCCAAGAAACAAAUCAGACAGCCCUAGCUCCUGACAAUGGAGUUGUUGAGAAAUACCAAAAGAAUCCAAGCGAUUCAGACAGUUCAACUGGUUCUUUUGGCGGCAGUACUAGUGGGUAGUGUAAUAAGAGGAUGCGAAGGCAGAAAAGGGAAGAGCGCCGAUGGUUCCUACUCCCUGCAGUACACAGCACUGAACUGCAGAGCCCAUUCUGCGGCCAUCACUGAAUUCGGGGGGGUCGGCGACGGGAAGACGCUGAACACGGAGGCGUUUGAAAAAGCGGUGAAGGAGCUGAGCAAGUACGGGGCGAGCGGCGGCGCUCAGCUGUUGGUUCCCGCCGGGAGGUGGCUGACGGGCAGCUUCAACCUCACCAGUCACUUCACUCUGUUUCUCCACAAGGACGCCGUUCUUCUUGCUUCUCAGGACAUCGACGGAUGGCCGCUGACCAAAGCAUUGCCAUCGUACGGCCGAGGAAGGGACACGAAGAAGCAAGAACGGUACCGGAGUUUAAUAUUUGGUUCCAACCUGACCGACGUCGUCAUUACCGGCAACAAUGGCACCAUCGACGGCCAGGGUGCAAUCUGGUGGUCCAAGUUUCACCACCUCCCCUACACUCGCCCUUACCUGAUUGAACUCAUGUACUCUGAUAACAUUCAGAUCUCCAAUCUGACGCUCAUCAACUCUCCAUCUUGGAACAUUCACCCUGUCUACAGCAGUAAUAUUCUUGUGCAAGGCAUCACCAUCUGGGCUCCCGUAAAGUCCCCAAACACCGACGGCAUCAAUCCAGAUUCAUGCACAAACAUCAGAAUAGAAGACUGCUACGUCGUCUCCGGUGACGACUGCGUUGCCCUGAAGAGCGGUUGGGACGAGUACGGCAUCGCAUACGGCAUGCCCACCGCCCAGGUCACCAUCCGCCGCCUCACCUGCUUUUCCCCGUACAGCGCCGCGAUCGCCAUCGGCAGCGAGAUGUCGGGCGGCAUCCAGGACGUGAGGGCGGAGGACAUCGUGGCCGUCAGCACAGAAUCAGGGGUCAGGAUCAAGACAGCGGCGGGGAGAGGAGCGUACGUGAAGGACGUGUACGUGCAGAGAAUGAGGAUGAAAACCAUGAAGUGGGUGUUCCUGAUGGGCGGGAACUAUAACUCGCACGCCGACGGCAAGUACGAUCCGAAGGCGUUGCCGGAGAUUAAAGGGGUGAAUUUUAGGGACGUGGUGGCGGAGAACGUGACGGUGGCGGGGAGAUUAGAGGGGAUUCCGGGGGAUUCGUUCACCGGAAUCUGCAUGUCGAAUGUGACGAUAGGGAUGGCGGCGAAGGCGAAGAAGGUGCCGUGGGUUUGCAGCGACGUGGCGGGGGUGUCGAACGGGGUGACUCCGACGCCGUGCCCUCCGAUGGGCGGGCGGGGGCCGGAAAUUUGCGAGUUUCCGGCGGAUAAGCUUCCGAUUGAUACGGUGGAGCUGAAGAGGUGUUCGUAUCCAUGAAUUUUGAAGAAGGGCGGGUGCGUUGGAAAACAGGGGGUGGGAAGAAAGGUGUUGCUGCUGAUGGGGUUGAUCAUCACUAUAUGUAGAAUUAAUGGAGUAGUAGAAUUAUAAUAUAUAUAUAUAUAUAUAUAUAUAUAUAUAUAUAUAUAUAUAUAUAUAUAUAUAUAUAUAUAUGGAUGUAGCUGGAUGAAAGUUGUACCUUUGCUUUUUCUUUUAAAUAAACUAAGAAAAAAGAAAGAUUAGCAAA